AUGAUUGCCUCACGCCUCUCGCGAGCUAUGCCACGUGCAUCUCCUGUCUCUCGCCUCUCAUCCAUCAAAGCUCCCAGAUCAUCAUUUUUUGCCAGAUAUGCCUCGACGGACGCAUCUGAGGGUGGCGACAAGGUUAAAGGUCAGGUCAUUGGUAUUGAUCUGGGCACCACCAACUCCGCCGUUGCGAUAAUGGAAGGCAAGACUCCUCGCAUAAUAGAAAAUGCCGAAGGCACAAGAACCACACCCUCCGUCGUCGCUUUCGCACAGGACGGCGAACGUCUCGUCGGUGUUGCUGCGAAGCGUCAAGCUGUGGUCAACCCUGAAAACACCCUCUUUGCCACCAAGCGUCUCAUCGGCCGCAAGUACUCCGAUCCCGAAUGCCAGCGAGACAUCAAAGAGGUUCCAUACAAGAUCGUCCAGCACACCAACGGUGAUGCAUGGCUAGAGGCUCGCGGUGAAAAGUACUCGCCAUCCCAGAUCGGUGGCAUGGUCCUGCAGAAGAUGAAGGAGACUGCUGAGGCCUACCUCAACAAGCAAAUCAAGAACGGUGUCGUCACUGUCCCCGCGUAUUUCAACGACAUGCAGCGACAAGCUACCAAGGAUGCUGGUCAGAUCGCCGGCCUCAACGUCCUGCGUGUCGUUAACGAGCCUACUGCUGCUGCUCUUGCCUACGGUCUGGAGAAGGAACAAGAUCGCGUGAUCGCUGUCUACGAUCUUGGCGGUGGUACUUUCGAUAUCUCCAUUCUCGAGAUUCAAAAGGGCGUCUUCGAAGUCAAGUCGACCAACGGUGAUACUCACUUGGGAGGCGAAGAUUUCGAUAUCACCCUCGUCCGACACCUUGUACAACAAUUCAAGAAGGAUUCUGGCAUUGACCUGUCCAACGACCGUAUGGCCAUUCAGCGUAUUCGCGAAGCUGCCGAAAAGGCCAAGAUCGAAUUGUCGUCGUCGCUACAGACCGACAUCAACCUGCCUUUCAUCACCGCCGAUGCCUCAGGACCCAAGCACAUCAAUCUCAAGAUGACCCGAUCGCAGCUCGAGCAAAUGGUCGAUCCUCUCAUCAGCCGAACCAUCGAGCCUGUCCGCAAGGCCUUGAAGGAUGCCAACCUGCAAGCCAAAGACAUCCAAGAGGUUAUCCUUGUCGGUGGCAUGACUCGUAUGCCUAAGGUCACCGAGUCCGUCAAGAGCAUCUUCAACCGCGACCCUGCCAAGUCCGUCAACCCUGACGAGGCUGUUGCCAUCGGUGCUGCAAUCCAGGGUGCUGUCCUGGCUGGAGAAGUCACAGACGUGCUCCUUCUAGACGUCACACCCUUGUCCCUCGGUAUCGAGACCCUCGGCGGAGUGUUCACUCGCCUGAUCAACCGCAACACUACUAUUCCCACCAAGAAGUCGCAGGUCUUCUCUACUGCUGCUGAUUUCCAGACCGCCGUAGAAAUCAAGGUAUACCAGGGCGAGCGUGAGCUUGUUCGGGACAACAAGCUGCUCGGCAACUUCCAGCUGGUUGGUAUCCCACCAGCCCACCGCGGUGUGCCCCAGAUCGAGGUCACAUUCGACAUUGAUGCUGAUUCCAUUGUUCACGUCCACGCCAAGGACAAAUCCACCAACAAGGAUCAGUCAAUCACCAUCGCUAGCGGCUCCGGUCUCUCCGACCAGGAGAUCGAGAACAUGGUUUCGGAUGCCGAGAAGUAUGGCGCAUCAGACAAGGAGCGCAAGGCCGCUAUCGAGGCUGGGAACCGCGCCGAGAGCGUGCUGGCGGAUACAGAGAAGGCACUGAAGGAGUUCGAGGACAAGCUCGACAAGACCGAGGCGGAUGCCAUCAAGGAGAAGAUCACAGCUCUUCGCGAGGUCGUUGCCAAGAACCAGUCCGGCGAGGGCAAUCUGUCAGCCGAGGAGAUGAAGGCCAAGAUCGACGAGCUCCAGACCUCAGCUCUUACUCUCUUCGACAAGAUGCACAAGGCUCGCGCCGAGGAUGCCAACCAGCAACAAUCACAACAAACCCCUCCUGAGGGCGGCGAGGGCGAGAAGAAGCCUUGA